AUGGCCUACCUCAAGACCCUCCUCGCUGCGCGCCUCGUGUCGCUCUUCUUCUCCGCAGCCUUCACCCUUUGUGUGGUAGGGCUCUCUGGAAAGUCCCUCUCCAACCUGCACCACGACCGCCAGCUUGCUUCCAAGCUCCUCAAGGGUGCUGUGAUUCACGCCAAUGAUGUUCUCGCCAUUCUCGGCGUUGCCUGCGGGGCCGCCGGUCUCGGCGUCAUCGUCUCGUUCUUCUCUGAAGUUGUCCUCUUCAUCGAGAAGCGCAAGGGCAUGCCGCGCCACUACCGCUACAUCAACGAGUUCCUUAUGGGCUUCUGCACCCUCUUGUUGCUCGCCGUCGCUAUCGCCGCCACCGUCAUUGUCGUGAACCGUGAGGCCACAGUUACGGCUCCCGGCAUCCCCUCGUCCACCAUUGCUAUGCUUCUCAAGGCCACUGGCAAGUCGCUUCGCUACCGUGACACCUUUGCAUACUACGCCAUGAUCUGCACAUGGUUUGCCUGGUUCUUCGUCGCUGUCUCGUUCGUCCUCCUCGUCCUCGCCGGCCUCCACUACCGCAAGUCGGAGAACCACCGCGCCGAGGCGUCGAGCCUCGCCACGACUGAGAAGCGUGACGAGCACGACGUGACUCCCCCGACCGUCUAA